GUUUUCCAUUCGAUUAACUGAAGAAGCAUUGAAGCAUUGCAAUACUCCUCUUUCAAUCUGAUCCCAAAUAUGCUUUCUUCAGCUGCUGCAAGGUACUCCUUCUCCUUCGCCAAAUUUCCUCUCUUUGCUACCUGUACCUUCUUUCUCUCUUUCCCUUGUUCCCUUACUCUCAAAUGUUAUCUUCAUUCCCACUCCCCAAACCCCAACAACAUCCGCGACGCCGUUGAUACAGUCACUCACUUCCUCCACAUGCGGCCCCCUCCCUCUAGAAAAUAUAUCAAUAAGAUUUUAGGGUCUAUAGUGAAGAUGAGACAUUAUCCCCUGGUUAUCUCACUUCUUGCCCAAGCCGAGUUGAAGGGCUACGUGCCAGAUUUAUUUAACCUGAGCAUCUUGAUCAAUUGCCACUGCCACGUCGGUCAGAUGGAUCUUGCUUUCUCUCUGUUGGGGAAAAUUUUCAAGAUGGGCUAUCAACCAAACGCUGUAGUUUUGACUACACUAAUAAAAGGACUCUGUUUAAAUCGAGAUGUUGGCAAAGCUCUAGAUUUCUACGAUGACAUAAUGGCAAAAGGAUUGAAGUUAAAUGAAGUUAGUUAUGGAACAUUAGCAAAUGGGCUAUGUAAAAUGGGGAAAACGACAUCUGCUCUUAAAUUGCUUAAAGUAAUGGGGAGGCACCUUGUUAAGCCCAAUAUAGUUAUAUACAGCACAAUCAUUGAUGCGCUUUGUAAAGAAGGACUUGUUAAUGAUGCACACAAUCUCUAUUUUGAAAUGAUUGACCACGGGAUAUCUCCAAAUGUUGUUACUUAUAGUAGUCUAAUCCAUGGCUUCUGUCGCAUGGAUCAAUGGCAUCAAGCAAAUCAAUUACUCAAUGAAAUGAUAUCGAAAGACAUACAACCAGAUGUUUAUACAUUUAGCGUCCUAGUUGAUGCAUUUUGUAAAGAUGGAAGGAUUGUACAAGCUCAAGCUGUAUUUGCUAGGAUGGUGAAGAGUGAUCAAAGACCUGAUGUUGUUACAUAUAAUGCGUUGAUGGAUGGACAUUGUUUGACCAAUAAUAUCAUUGAGGCUAAGGAAGUUUUUAACAAGAUGAUUGAAAAUGGUUUGGCACCUGACCUUUUUAGUUAUAAUAUUUUGAUCAAUGCAUGCUUUAAGAUGAAAAUGGUUGAUGAAGCCAUGGAUUUGUUUAAGGAAUUACGUCAUAGAAAUUUGGUUCCUGAUGUUACAAUGUAUAAUUGUGUUAUUGAUGGCUUGCUCAAAUCACAAAGAAUUUCAAGCGUACGAGAUAUUAUUUACUGGAUGCAUGAGAGGGGUCUUCACCCUAACAUAAUCACUUAUUGUAUCUUGUUAGAUACAUUUUGCAAAAUGGGGCAUCUUGACAAGGCUGCUACAUUAUUUAGCCAACGUGUCAAUCAAGGAUUUCAACCUAAUGUGAGGACCUACACAAUACUUAUUGAUGGCUUGUGCAAAGGUGGUAGAUUAAAUGAUGCGUGGAAGAUUUUUCAAUAUCUUUUUGCCAAAGGUUAUCAACUAGAUGUGCAUACCUAUACUGCAAUGGUUCAUGGACUUUGCAAAGAGGGUUUUCUUGAUGAAGCCGUGACCUUACUUGAUAGAAUGGAAGAGAACAAUUGUCUCCCUGAUUCCGUAGCUCUCAAGAUUAUUAUCCACUACCUUCUUGAAAGAAAUGAGAAUGACAAGGCCGUUAAGGUUAUCAAUAGAAUGAUUGAUAGAGGCGUGCUGAAGAAAUAAAAGGUGGAACAACAAAACCUCACCCAUUAAAAGCCCAACUUGAUUCAGGAAGAAAGCAGAUUCAGGAGCUGAAAGAAGAAAUUAUAUGGUACAAAGGUAAUUAGAGCCAACCGGAGUUUGAGGUGCUAAAUUUGAAGGCUGAAAUGUUUGAUGCCCAGGGAAAGUAUUCUGUGGAGAAAGAGCUUUUGAAGUCUGAUGUAUUAAAUUUGUCAGAAGCAAGAACAUGGCUGGAGACAAGUUGGUGAUCACAUUACUUUGGAUUCACCAAGUUUUUGACAUAGUCCUGGAAAGUGGGCAAGGUUGCAAUGCAUUUAUGAUAGCCGGAGAAUUUUUGUGAACUCUUCUAAACCCUGAUUUUACAGUCUUGGUGGCCGGUGAAGAUUUCAAAAGCUAGGGAAAGUUCUGAAUGGGAUGAUAAAAAAUGGUUUGACGCCUGACCUUUUUAAUUAUAAUCUUUUGAUCAAUGCAUACCUUAAGAUGAAAAUGGUGAAUGAAGCCAUGAAUCUUUUUAAGGAAUUGCAUUUUAGAAAUUUGGUUCCCAAUGUUGUAAUUUGUUGCUGUAUUAUUGAUGGCUUGCUCAAAUUGCAAAGAAUCUAAUGCUAUGAGAUUUAUGAUAGGGGUUUUUACCUUAAUAUUAUCACUUACAAUACAUUGUUAGAUGCAUUUUGUAUAAGAGACAUCUCGACAAGGCCAUUACCUUAUUAUUUAAGCAAAUUGUCAAUCAAGGAUUUCAACCUAACGUGAAGACCUACACUAUACUUAUUGAUGGUUUAUGCAAAAGUGGUAGAUUAAAUGAUGUGUGAGAGAUGUUUCAAUGUCUUUUAGCAAAAGGUUAUCAACUUAAUGUACAUACAUAUACUGCUAUAUUCAUGGUUUCUGCAAAGAAGGCUUGCUUGAUGACGCAAAUCUCCUUGCUUGAUAGAAUGGAAAAGAAUGGUUGUGUCCCUAGUUCUGUAACUUUCAGUGUGCUUCGUCAAUCUCUUGUUCGAAAGAAUGAGACAUGCUAAGGCUUCUUCAUAACAUGAGAUCUAGAGGGUUGUUCAAGACGUAAAACAUGGUGAGAGACUAAAACUGUACCAUAUAUUUGAAACAUUCCUUGUUAUUAGGAGUUUUAAUCCUAAAUUUUUAUCUUUGUUGUACGUUGGCUGACAUGUGGUUAUAAGCAUGCCUUAAGAGUUUGAAAUUUCCAGUUGAUCUGGUUUCUUGAUUGAAAGUUGAGAAUUUCUUGUAAUAAAACGAUGUGGUAGGGCUACGGAUAAUGCAGAGGAGGUAGAGAAAUAAAAUUUAUACAUGACAUCAGCAUAGGGUGGACUGAUGAGAAAUUUCAGUAUUUGAUUAUUGUAGAGAUUUUCUUCCAAUUAAUUCCAAAUGCAUAUUGGUGCAUGAAAAUGUUCUGCAUAUAUUAGCAGUUUUACUAGAGAAAAUUUGUUAGCUGCUUAA